AUGCAUGUGGAGAGCACAACCGCACCGAUCCCUGUGAAGAGCAUGACACCAGUCCAUGUGGAGAGCACAACCACUCCAACCCAUGUGGAGAGCACAACUACACCAGUCCACGUGAGGAGCACCACACCAGUUCAUGUAAAGAGCACAGCCACAACAGGGCCAGUGGAGCACAUGGCACCCGUCAUCUGUCUGUUCUCUCGUCGACUCCCCAACUUACUCCUUGCAGCUCAGCUGUGCCCCUACAUGGCUUACAUGGGCCUCAUGCAUCAUGCCAGCAAUGAUCGCUUCUACAUAAAUGAUGACGCUGGCCUGUACCAGUUCCUGACUCUCGGGAAGCAGGAUGUCCAGCAUCUCAUUAUUGCAACAGUGCCCAUGUACUCACACUUGCUGAUAAAGCUGCGCGAGACCUUUUUACAUGAUGGUGUGUCUCGCCUGAUGUACAGCAUCUCGAGGGACCAUCCCCUCGAGACCCUUCAUGGAGUGAUGCUGCUUUCCACGUCAGUGGUUGACUUGAAUAGCCUCUAUAAAGUGUCAUCAGACAUUCGAAGCUACCUUCAUACAAAGAUGCGUUUGAAACUUUAUCUUGCCGUCCAGACUGUGGGAUAUAACACAAGCUUUGAUCCGUUGGUAAAGUUAAAGAGUUCAUGUGACCGGCUAAUACUAUACACCAAUCCUUUCGUACCGUCUCCUCACUGCAAAAUAAUGCCAAUAGUCUAUCAAGAUCUGGAUGCUCUAGACAAGAGAUUCUUCAAAAGGGGAGAAAAAGGGGAGUCUGUUCCAUGCAUUACACUUAAUUUGGCUGUUCGCCGAUAUCGACUAGCGGAUGGAAAAUCUGAUUUUAAUGAUGACUGUGUCAAGGAAUACUGGGAAAAUUAUUCAGAAACCUGCCCUGAUAAACCAGGAGUGAGAGGAUCUACUAUGACAUCAGCAUACUUGAAGACUGGCGAGAAUAUGCUUGUUUUUGAAGACGAAGCCAGCAUUGAAAGAAAGCUCUCCAAGCUCAUGCAAAUCAACCCUAGCAUAUGUGUGAUGGCCACAUCUAUUGAAAUGGAAGAUUGGAAUCGCAAGUGCGCUGUUCGACCAGUUGCGGCCUCCAGGAUGCUUGCCAUUGCCAAGUAUGGAGGUGGAGAGACCGUGCCUCCUCCUUUGCAAAGAAAUGGAGUCCUAAUAUGUGUGGUGGAAAAGUCCACACUUAUCGAGAUGUUGCCUGAAAACCUCUGCACUCACCUGGUGUACUCAAGUGUACAUUACCGCCUUGGCUCUGAACAUACUUACGUAGCUGACGAUGGUACUGCAUUCUAUGCAGCAUCAGACAUUGCCAUGAAGAGUGGUAUAAAUUUCCUUAGUGAGAUAGACCUGACCAGUUUCUCGAAUAUUAAUGUGGAUCAUGCUUUCACUGGGUUCUUGACAUCAAGUACUAAAUGGAUCCAGGAAACGCAUCAGGAUGGCCUGGCUUUUAUAAAUGUUCCCAACAAAACUGACAACACAAAGUUUGAGUCAAUAAUCAAGAAAACAUGGGAAUAUAUUUCAACCCAUAAAUUGAAGCAGAUACUUCUUGUUGGGAUAGAUUACAGAGAUCGAAGCAGCACUGACCUUGCAAACUCACUUUCUGGGAAAUGCACACUGAUGGUGUUCAUUACACAUCCCAGAAAAAGUUGCUGUAAAGGACCUUGCAGAGUGGCAUAUCCUUCAAAGCCUCAAACAGAUGAAGACAGUGCUCUCAUGAAAAAAGUUGAGUUUGACUCUGGCUCUGCAACUACUCCAUGUGUAUCGUUCACCAUGGCUGUCAGAAAAUUUCAUGGUGUAAACAACACUUCAUGCCAUCAAGAAGAAUGGGUGAACUACAGUCAGGUGUGCAGAGUAGGCACAGAAACGGAGCAAGGCAAAUUUGGCUAUUACAACAUUAAUGAAAAUGUUUACAUGUUCGAGACCACUGCAUCUAUCGAAGACAGGAUAUCACGAGUGUCUUCCAAGGUCAAAGCAAUGUGUGCGGCGGUCUUUGAACUUUACUUUGAGGACACUCACGGCUCCUGUGCCUCCGAUGGUUUUGCCUUUCCUAGGGUGCGAUACAUUCAACAAGAGAUGGCUGCUGUGACAAAGGUUCCGGACACCACCACUGAGAUGGAACCAACAGAAACACCGACUGUUACAAAGACCACUGACACCAGCACUACGAUGAAAACAACAGAAAGUGAGACUGUUACCCUCGACACCAGCACCACGGCAGAAUCAACAGCAACAGAGAAUACACCAUGGUGGUGGCACACUUCUGAAACUCAGCCAGGUGGUUCUUCAAAGCCGACACCUUGGUGGGAAAUGUAUAAUUAG